GGGAGAGGAAAAGCCAUUAUUUAUUCCUGAAAAGAAAGGAGCUUGGAAAAUAAAAAAAGCUACUGUACAGCUAGACAUACGUAUUUUAGAGAGAAGGAUGCUUUGGAAGACUUUGGUGCUGCUGCUGUUCUAUUACAGUGCUCAUGCCACUCUAGCCCACAGAUGGAGCAGAGCUAUGCUUUUCCCAUCUGCUCAGCGAUUCAAGAGGUCCUCAGCUGCCUUCCUCAACCCAGUGCUACAAAACUCGCUGGAAGAUGUGGUCCUGCUUUAUGAGUUUCUUUUAGCUGAGCUUGACAUUGACAAAGGUCAGAGGAUCUCCAUCAAAGAUGAGGAGCUGGCUUCCCUGAGGAAGGCUGCUGAGUUCAACACCAUCUGCAACGAGAUUAUCCCCAAGAGCAUCCCAGAGAUCCGCAGGCUGAGCAGCAGGCUGUCCUCCUACCCGAGGGUCCUCAAAAAAGAGGACUUUGAAAGGACAGUGCUGACCAUGGUCUACACGGCCUACAGAGCUGCUCAGUCCCAGGGGCACCAGAAGGACACUUGGGCUGAAUCCUUUGUCCAUCUCUACAAAGCCCUGAAGAACGACUUGAUGCUCUCCUACAGCAAGCAGCCCUCAUAGUGGAAGAGGAGCAGCGCCUCAGCCACCUGCUCUGGUUGAGGAAGGACACACGGUAGCACGCCCACCACUUUAUUUUGUAAAGAGUUCAAUAGCCUGCUUCCUGAACGAUUGUUCGUUUUCUGGCUCCCUCUUGUGGAAUCCGCUUUCUAGUGCCAUGCUAAACGGUGAAAAACGUCCUCAGUCCUGAGAAUUCGAUUUUUGUGCUGGCUUGGAGGCACGUUCUGUGCCAGGAAAAUAAGGGAGUUACACCCAGGCAGACCCUUGUU